CGGAUUAGUGCAUCGGACUAACACUAUAAACAAUCACUAGAAAUAGUUAAACUUUAUUUCAUUUUACAGACCACAAGAGUAUGGCAUCGAGGAUCCCUGUAAUCCAAGAUUUUACGACAUCAUACUGGAAGAAGAAGCUCUUACAUUUGAACCCUGCCAGGACGUAAAUAAGGCAGUUUCUGUACAUCACUCAACAUUUUCAUUGAAAGAUCGCGUAAAUAGGACUUACAAUAUUGGCGAACAAAUUCGAGCUAUCGUCAUGCUGCAUGACGGUUACGGUAAACGUAAAUAUUCUGGUGGCGAUCAGUUGAGAGCGACGAUAGGAAACAAAGAACUUCAAGUAUCAGCCCCUUGUAUAGUGAUUGACAAUAGAGAUGGAACACAAACGGUAGUGUGUGAAGCAUUGUGGAGUGGUACUUCAACAAUAAGUGUAACUCUAGCGUAUCCUAGAGAGACCAUUACAGCACAUUAUCGGAUUAAAACACAAGUUUUAGCAACAAUACAUACAUAUGGAAGAUUCAAGAGCAGAAGCUACAGUGAGGAGUCUAUCUGCCAUCCAAACCACAGUUAUCUUCUGAAGCAUACACAUAACACCGAGCUUUGUAAUAUAACUUAUAUGAACUCAGGAAUGCCGUUCUAUUGUGGAAAACCAAAGGACAAACAUUUGCUGUGUCAGGAUUUUCAGUUUACAGGAUCAUCGAAACCAUUUCCUGAACUCAAAGUCUCAAAAUGUGAGGAAACAUUAUUAGAAAGGGCACAACUUAUUUUGAAGAAGACUAUAGCUAUUGAUGUUCAAAAAAGAAAGAAAGACAAUAAUGUAUCAUUUAUUGACAAACCGUCCAUUACUUGUUCAAUGUACAAUAGUUCAUCUCUGUGGAGGUCUAGGAAACCAACUGGAUUCUUCAUAAAUGGAACAUGGCAUCUUCGACACUGUCUUGGUUUCAAAGAGAAUCUUUAUACAGCGUGCCUAAGGAAUGCGCAUUUGUAUUUGUUUGGCGAUUCUACGACCAGAGCCUGGUAUAAAACAAUCAUUGAGCGCUUUAAAUGCAAGCCUAUUACUGAAGAAUGGCACAAGGAAAAAUGGCAUAAAGAGGCAGAGUGUUAUAAUAAACACAUUAAUUUUAAGGCUGGAUGGUAUCCACACGCACAACCAUUUUUGUUCGGAAACAUUUUUGAAGAUGUUCGUUAUACUUUAUAUUCAACAUCUCGACGUAUAGAUAAUAUACCACGAGAUGAACGUGCAAUCAUAGUAAUACAUUUAUUCGUACACUUUUUAGUAUUUCAUCAUACCGUUUUUAAACAAAGAAUGCAAAUCAUUCGUAAAAGCGUUGAAUCGAUUUUAGAAAAUAAUAAAAAAUCAAUAGUUAUGAUAAAAGGACCACAUACAUUUGACGGCACACGGUUUGGUGGGUACAGAUUCUGUGACUAUUUUGGAUAUUUGUAUAGCAAGAUUUUAUUUGAAGUAUUUGAAGGUUUACAUGAAAGAGUUGUAAUUCUUAAUAACAGAGACACUACUAUAGCUCAGCCCUUAAAAGGGGAUCAUCAUCCGCCAAGAAAUAUUGUAGAUGCUAUGGUUGAUCAAAUGCUAAGUUAUGCUUGUGGUCAUUAAAAGGCACAUUUUAGUGACUAUACUUUAACUUGAUUGAUAAAAACGUAUGGGAAUGUUAAAAACUAGUCUUUAUAUUAUAGGUUAUCCAAUAUCUUUGGAUACCAUUGUUUGUACCUUAUAUUUUUAGACAAUGCAUAAAAAUUUGUUCAGUAAAGUAACUAUAUAUCAGACAAUCUGAAACCUUUUGUUGACCCUCCUUUGUAAAACAGCAGCGCUUAUGAGACCAUGAUAUAUCUUAUAUAAAUACAGUCAUUGAACUAAUUGUCUCCAUCGUGACAUGUACCAACGGUUUUAAGAAACGAUAUAUGCAUGGCCAACUCAACGGCUUCAAGGAUCAGGCAAGACAUUGAAUAUCUUUGACUAAUAUCAUAAACAUAAAUUGCAGAGUUUAACCUUGUAACCUAGUGUAGUGAUUCGAGGCUUCUGGUCAACCAGGAGCCCGGUUAGCUCAGUUGGUAGAGCACCUGACUUGCAAGCAGGGGUCGUAGGUUCAAGUCCUACACCGGGUAGAUAAUUUUCUCAUCAAACUACAACAGUGUUGUGACGGAUGUUACAUUUAAAAGUCAUGUACCUGAGGUGGUUAUUAUUAGUAGUGUGAUACCUACUUCCGGAACGCGAUAGAGGGCGGGAUUCUCCAACCAGAAGAUCAGACUUUACAGUGCUACCACAGAGAAACACGUAUUUAAUUUCUUCCUAAUAAUUACAUCUCCGUGGGUUAGUCCCCGUCCACUCCCUGGCCAAUAAGGUAUAUCUGACUCUUGCUUAAUUAAUGAUGUUACAAUAAUGGCGACGAACAUUCAGAUGGCAAUUUAGCGGGAAGAUACAGUCAUUUGCCGUAAGGGUAGACAGCAUUAAUUUCGAGUUGUCAUUUUUGUCAUAGGCCAACACGGCAUAAGGGCGAAACUGGUUAUACUACAUAAGGUUUGGCAUUGACUUGAAGGUUUUCAUUUUAAGCGCAGUCUGAAGGGUUGAGGAGGCUAGUAAAUAAAUUCCAGACUUCUAGUUUUAUUUAUUUAUUAUAUAAUUAACAAUAAGGUUUCGGUCAAGCAGAAGGCAUUUGUAGACUUGGGAGGAGAAAUAUAGAAUUAAUUGUAAAGUCUCCAGGUUUCAAGCCAGGUGAUUUUUCAACUUCUGCCGGAUAUUAGCUGAUUUAUUUUUCGAAACAUGUCCAGUUCCGGUGAAGUCUUCUAGACUUACUUGCUCUUCUUACAGGCUCAAACAGAUUACAGAAUAAAAUUAUAAAGUAGCAGUCUUCUAGACCUACCUAGCUACAACAGAUAUACAGACAGAAAUAAGGUUGUUUUUUCCAUAUAAAUGGUGGUGUCU